AAACACCCACUCCGGAUAGCAAUGCUUGUCGUAGCCAUUUGGUUACUUUUUACUGCCCCCGAGAUCUACAAUGAAGAGGUCACGGAGUAUUCACAUCGACAUUUUCACCUUGCUAUCUAUGCCUUGACACCUGAUCCCCUCUUUUCGCCGGAGAUGACGCUCUUCAAUUUCACCCAUAGUGUUGCUGCAGCAGUGAGCUACGCAAACUCGCUAAUGCCAAUAAAGAAUAAGAUAGUUUUUCUUGAUGUUUCAAAGCAUCGGCGGAUACCAGGAAGCUCAGUGUCGGUGUCUUCGAGAGCCUGCAGGAUCUACAAAAUUCUACAGCAUUUGCAGAAAACUGCAUUCCACUCCACUGGAUUCAAUGUGUUACUGGGGCCCCCACUGGACAGUGACUGUAAUUUAGUGAGGGAGUGGAUCAGGCUAGGAGAUCCAGAAGGAACACAACGAGUCCAACUUUACCAAAUUUCCUACUUUUGUCAAAUGUUCGGCUUCUUCGCCUACUUUGUGAACCACCUUGCCGACAGUAGUCGCGGUUCUCUAACUACACCCAUUGCUGCAGUCUCUGUAGUAGUUCAACGCAAGGUCAUUCUUCAAGGAAUUGUUAUUUAUCUCCUCAACAGGGGUUGGAAACGCGCUGCUCUAUUCUAUGACGUGAGUACCACCAACCUCGACAUCCCUGAGACGUGGGGUUCAGUACCAUUAAAUGUCCGCCUCUCUCGAAAAAGACAAAACGUGCCUGAACUCUUAACAAGUGUUUGCAUUGAGUCAGUCACAAACUUUUCUAGCUUCUUCCGGCCAUUUGAAGAUCACAUAGAUGUCGCCUUAAUACUAGCGAAGCCCUCAGUAGCGAUAGAAUUCGUAGCAAGCAUUCAGAACCUAACCAGAAUUAGAGAGGGGAGGAUAGCACUCAUUCAAGUGGAUCCCAAAGACAUGCUCGCCUACGAUGCUUUGGAUAAGUGGAGAUGGCAUCUGUCAAAAAUUGGACCUACAUUCGCUGCUGGUCGGUCGCUCAUCAUUCUAACCGCAUUGCCAAAGGGAACAGUAUACGAGGAGAAAUCAAUCGCACACAACGAGCAAAUUAACCUCCAGAUAGCCAGCGGGGCGGCACUUGCAAUGCGAUUGGUCCAAAUUCAUCUUCAAGAGGGCGGCGGUAAUCUCAGCUCCUCCACUGACUUCUUUGGACCAAUGCGUACCAAGGCGCCUGUCCUUGUACCCACACUGCCCAACAUUACUUUUCGUUACCAAUUUCACGAUGACAAUGUCAUACAAGGCAGUUUUGAUCUCCUUAUUUUCGCUCUCAGGCCAAAUGUCACUGGGGUAGUUGACAGUGAGCUUCACCAAGCAAAUUUUAAUGAUGUUUUUAACCUCAUCGACAUCAUUCAUUAUCCCCCGAUACUACCACAACGGAAGAGUGAAAUGGUUUGGCCAGGAGAUGGACAGGGACCGAAGCGCACCUACUGUCUGAUAGCGCCUUGUGAUUUUGUGAGUGAAGAGAUCUUCAGCCGAUCGAUAAAUUCAGCAUUUGGUUUCAGUGCUUUUCCGAAGGACGUUAUCAGCAACAAAAGUAUUACACUCGACUGGGACUUCAAACUCUCCCUCAUGACCGACAUGGUCCGAGGCAUGGAUUAUCUCCACGGCACGAGCCUUAAAGCUCACGGGAGGCUAAAAUCAACGAAUUGUGUAGUCAGUUCUCGAUGGACUCUAAAAAUUACCGAUUUUGGAAUACCCAAAAUCUACGAUUUGACUGGCAGUUGUUCUUUAAUGAAGCUCGAAGAGAAGUUAUGGACAUCACCUGAACUAUUAAGAGAUGAGGAAGCGGCUUUGCUUGGAACCAAGCCAGCUGAUGUCUAUGCAUUCGCGAUAAUAAUGCACGAAGUCUUCUGCCAGACAAAACCAUAUGGACCAAGAGAUAUUCCAGUGGAAGAGAUUUUGAAGCGCGUCGUAGAAGAAGGUAGUCAUCCUUUUCGCCCACAGCUCCCUACAACGGGCAUUCCACCGGCUUAUAAAGACAUUCUUGAGCGGGCGUGGUCUGAGAAUCCCAGUCUAAGGCCAACGUUUAAGGAGCUGAAUAGAGAGAUUGAACAAAUAACCAAAGGAAAAAAAAUGAAUAUUGUGGAACAUAUGUUCAAAAUGAUGGAAAACUACUCGAGUUGGCUGGAGCAGCAAGUAAAAACUCGAAUGGAGGAGUUGUCGGCCGAGAAGAAGAGGAAGGAUCUUCUUGUCCGUCGCAUGCUGCCUCCAGUAGUUGCAGAAGCGUUGAAAGCAGGUAUUGCGGUGGCACCUGAGACCUAUGAUGAGGUGUCAAUUUACAUUAGCGACAUCGUUGGCUUUACAACCAUUUCUGCAAUGUCUACGCCACUGCAGGUUGUUAAUCUUCUCAACGACUUGUACACGCUGUUUGACAAAACAAUUGCGAACUACGAUGUGUACAAAGUAGAGACAAUAGGAGACGCUUAUAUGGUGGCUUCGGGGCUGCCAAUCCGCAAUGGACGUCGUCACGCGGGUGAGGUAGCCACAAUGGCUCUUGACCUUCUUAGCGGUUGUGGAACUUUCACCAUUAAACACCUACCAGAAGUUCCUCUAAGGAUACGCAUAGGUCUGCAUAGCGGACCUUGCGUUGCAGGUGUCGUGGGACUUACUAUGCCUCGGUAUUGUCUUUUUGGUGAUACCGUUAAUCGAGCGCUUAAAAUGGAGUCUUCUGGAGCCGCCUUUAGAAUACAUAUAAGUGAAAAGACAAAGGAAAUAUUAGAUGAAGUCGGUGGCUAUCAUGUUGAGUAUCGAGGUUCAGCCGAAUUCGAGGGCGGUGCGAAGACGAAAACUUAUUGGCUAUCCAGCAGUGAUAACUUUCACAAGCCCUUACCAAGCCCACCACCAUUACCAACGUGA